CGGGAGGCGUCUGCCCCUGUCAGUCCUGUUUACUACUCCGCCCUGCGGAAGCAGGCCGACGAAGGCGAAGAGACUCCGCCCCACAGCCGAUGGAAGCGUCUGCCGAUGUCUCCCUCCGCUUAUUGGCUGCCUCGCGAAGCGCCGCCCGCUUUCGUUUGCUGUGAUUCGAUGGCUGGCUGGGCCGUCUCUUUCCCCUUAAGCCCGCCGUCUCCCUCCUGCCCCCCCCCCCACCGCCGGUUGUUUUCAUGGAGCAAAGCGCGUGCGCUGCCGGCCGGGCGAAGGAGAAGCUGCGCAGUCGCAGUUGGCCGCUGUUGAACUAGGCGAGGAUUGGGGUCCGAGGGCAACCUGGGCAGGUGGGGGAGAGGUGAGUAGAGUACAUUUCUGAAGUACAAGAUUCACCAGUGGAUCGGAUCUGUUCAACGAUGAUGAAUGCGGAUAUGGAUGCUGUUGAGGCUGAAAAUCAAGUGGAGUUGGAAGAAAAAACACGACUUAUUAAUCAAGUUUUGGAACUCCAGCAUACACUUGAAGAUCUGUCUGCAAGAGUAGAUGCUGUUAAAGAAGAAAACCUGAAACUGAAAUCAGAAAAUCAAGUUCUUGGACAAUAUAUAGAAAAUCUCAUGUCUGCCUCUAGUGUUUUUCAGACUACUGACACAAAAAGCAAACGAAAGUAAGGCAUUGGUAACCAAGCUGUAACAUUGUAUUGCUGCUGCUUUUGUUUAAUAUUUAAAUUGCAUAUGGCUACAUGACUUAAGUUAGUUUGUAGCAUCAUUGAAUAUUUGAAGAUUUAUUGGCAGUGCUAGACAAUUUUAAAAUUUUAAAUGAACAACUGGGCAGUGCAAGUAUUGUGUUAGCUUUCAACAAUGUGCAAAGGUAGCAUAGAGGAAAUAUUUAUUACACAGUUUGAAGGCAAGAGUUUUCAACUUGGCUUUUAUGUUAGUCAAAACAUGUCAUAAGCUGCCAAGUAUUUUAGAUAUCUUAAUUUUUACAGUGGUACUACUGUUCACUAGCAGAAUAAUACAGUGUUGUGUAGAGUGAUGUGAAAAUCCUUAUUUGGAAUGAGUUAUUUGCAUGACUUUCCCUGGGCUCCAAAAAAAGUUGUAACAUUCCUCAUCCUUCAUCUCCUCAAUGACGUUCUACAUUCUUCUAGAUAAGAACAGAAAAAGCUUAGCUUUUAAAUAAUACUUUGAAAGCAAAUGAAGGAUUUAACAUUAUUACAUAAUUGCUUGCAAAAUUGUAAAGGGUUGAAAAACCACUGCAAUACCUGCAUAAGUCUUCAGAACUGAUAAGUUAACAUUUAAAAAACCACACCCUGCUUUAAAGUAUAUUGCAAGGAAAGGGAGUCACAUCUUGGCCCUCAUUGUUUUGCAAUCUCUUAAGAUUGUCCUCCCCUGUUUACAAAAUAGCGAGUAGCAUGGUAAUUUAUCUGCCAGCUGUAAUGGUCAAGCUCAACGGAAGUAUCUUUGUGAACAAUUAGUAGGUAUUUAAGAGUUUUCACUAAACAUGGAUGCAGUCUAUAGUUCUUUUUCUGCAUAAUGCUUAUUAACUGCUGCUAGCCUUUAGCUGACACAGAAUGUUCAGCCUUUCAGGAUUAGAAUACUUGGAGUUUUCAAAGCAUCAAGUGUGCCUUUGAAAUAUUA